AUGGCGACCAAUGUCGGUGCGGCGCCGAAAUGGCCACGUUCUUGGGAGACUCACGACUACAAUUGUAUAUGUCUGAAACAAGCUUCGCAUGACUUUACCCAGCAAGCUUCGCUACACGGCCUACGAUAUAUCAGUGACACUAGCAUAUCCAGAUUGGAAAGGUGGUUUUGGAUGAUCGCCUGUCUCGUAGCAGGCUCGUUCGCUGUACACUUCAUCGUAAACAUGUGCUACGAUUGGGUGACCAGUCCUGUGAUCCUCACCCUGUCUCCUCAAACCACUGAUCUCAAGGACAUCCCCUUCCCAGCCGUCACCAUCUGCAACAUCAACAAGGUCCGGAAAAGUGUGGCGCUAGACAUACUUAACAGGUCGACGAUUUGGUCCGCAUCUAUUGAGCGAAAGCUGCUGAACGACUACUGCCAUCGCCCCCAGGAUCCACGGGACGUGUCCAUCAACGAGAACGAGAUACCCUGGGCAACAGUGCAGGAGUUCCUGUUUAAGGUUUCUCAAAACUGCAGCAAGAUGAUGGUGGCGUGUUUUUGGCGCGGAGAGAAGUUCAACUGCAACAAACUGUUUGCUCCUUCUCUGACUGACGAUGGCUUCUGCUGUGCAUUCAACGUCGUCAAGAAGGAAUACUUGUUCAACAACGCUGGCUGGACUGGACUCAACCACACAGUUCCGUUUGACUCUGUCGACUGGACCAUGGAGAAAGGAUAUCCCGAAGGGACGCCGCCUUACACACUGCCUUGGAGACCAUGGGGUCCUGGUAGUCAUAAGGGACUUAAGGUCGUUCUGGAUGCAGAACUAGACGAGUUCUUCUGCUCCACAGAGGUCAGCGUAGGGUUCAAGUUGGCAGUGCACAACCCCAAGGAGACGCCCAAGAUGAAGGCCUAUGCCUCCACGGUGCAACCAGGACAUGAGACGAGGGUGGUUGUGGAACCGGCCAUCUGGACGUCCAGUAGAGAGCAGCUGCAGAACGUGCCUUUGGACAAGAGGAACUGCCUCUUCCACAACGAGAAAAGCCUCGCCUUCUACCGCACCUAUUCCUUCCGCAACUGCAUGCUGGAGUGUGAAACAAACAACACGCUGCAGUCAUGUGGCUGUGUCUUCUUUUACAUGUCCAGGGACGAGUCCGUAAAGGUGUGUGGCAGAAAUGAAUCGAAAUGUGCUUUAAAAGCUCUAAACUCGAUGGCUAGUGUGGACGACGGAGACCCGUACACUUCUUUAGAGGGAGAAAACUUUACCAAAGGCUGUGGCUGUAUCCCAGGAUGUUUCUCCUUGACCUACAGGAAGAGACUGUCUACCACCAUACUAAAUGAUAAAGCAUCAUUCAUCCCUAAGAAUAUAAUGGGUGGCAAAAACUCCACUUACUUUAGCAAGAAUAUGGCCAUCGUGAACGUAUAUUUUGCUGAAGCCCACUUCACGUCAAUUCAUCGAGCUCUCUUGUACACUGUAACAGAUUUUUUAGCUAACACUGGAGGAUUGCUCGGAUUGUUCAUGGGCUUCAGCUUCCUCACAGCCGUAGAAGCAUUUUACUUCCUCACCCUAAGGAUUUGGUGUUUCGUCGUCCGCAACCGCCAGAUACCCGAUGUGGAGCCUUCAAUGCGUCCUUAG